CAACCCCCAACAAUCCCAAAUCAACUUAAACACCCUCUCCUCUACUCGUACGCCAAUCCGAGAAGUCUAGAUUCUCACGCCUAUAAAAUUAACAAAUAAAUAAACCCCACUUUCCUAGCUCCCAUUGUAGAAUUUUCCUUCUACUAGGACUACCUCCUCUGUUCAUAUUCUGAAACUCCAAUUCUAGUGAGGUUUCUUCUCCUUACAAGUUUCCUUUGCUUCCUGCAGUCUUUGUUUUCGAAAAACAUGUCAUCUAAACUAACCUCACAAGGUGUGGUAUUAGCCACAGUCAUGGCAGUUUCAAGUACGGUGGUCUUUCUUGCCUUUUCCAAGCAAAAAACGUUGCCUCAACAAGUACUCUCUGAGAGUCGAGAUUCCGAAUCUCCGACUCCAAGUCAAGUCUUACGUUCUUGCUUAAGUUCAGAGGGAAAGAGAAAGAAGAAGAGAGUGCAAUUUGCAGAGAAUGUGAAGAAUACAAAAGGGAAUGGAGAUGAGUACAGAAGGGAGAGGCAGAAUCCCUGGCUUGCUAGGCGAGAGAGAGAGGUUUCGAAUACAAGAAUGAGCAGAGUUAGCAGAAACGAAAUCCAGGGAAAUCAUGGAAUGCCAGAAAAUAGGGUUGCUUUGUACAGUGGAAUUCUCGUGGACCGUGUACAUAAAAUGGAAUGUUCAUAUUUAUUUCAGUAAA